AUGAGCUCCAAGGGCCAAGGGGACCCUGGGGAAGAUCACGCUUCCAGGGUAGGUGCAGAGAGCCCUUGCAGCGACAUGAAGCGUGCAGUUGCUAAAAAAUUGAUUGAACGUUAUUUUUAUCAAUUGACUGAUGGAUGCGGCAAUCCUGAAUGCGACAAUCAAAACUGCGCAUCAAGUGGAAAAGUAACAAAUCUUACUCCAAAUCAAGCUGCAGCUCAGGCUAUCCAAUUAUUUUCACAAGAAGCUAGGCUUUGUGAUGGCACACAACCAAGUAAAGUAGCUCGUACAACUUUGGAACCAGGUCCUGCAUCAUUGGCUAAGAGUUUACCAGUUAAAAGUGUUAAUCCAACAUGUUCAGACGAAGGAAAGCAAGAUCCAUAUCUUACAGAGACAAAACUUCUGGAUAUAAUAGAAAGAUGUAAAUCAGAAGGAUCGUAUUCUCUAUUAAUUCGUACUCUGGGAGAAGUGUUUUCUUGUGCAAAGGCACUGAGCCUUAGUUUCCAAAAAACGGUGAAAAAUGACUCUCCACUAGCCGCUCUUCUUGAUAGAGCUUCGGAUACUUUGUUGAAACCACCAGGUGAUAUGGAUAAGGAAGCAAUUCGAUCUAUUCAGGGAGAAGAUAAAGAAGAGGAUAGUAGUGAACCAUCACCAACAGUUCCUAACAAUGAUGAUACUAGUGUCGAUUUACCAGCUGUUCGAAGAGCUUUUACUGCUCUCUGGUCCUUGCCAGGAGAAGCCUUUGAAUCUGCUUUAGUUAACGCACUAGUGACUUUGGCAGAUAACAUUGAACUAGAUUUACGAGUAUUUCGUAUCAUGCCAUGGGAUAAUAUGGACAGUCUGUUAAAUGUAUUUCUCAUUGUAUUUGAAAUUCCAAUGCUAGGAAAUAGUGAAUACUUGGAGCUUGCUCUUCACAUGCUUUGUAAAGCACUCAGUUGUUUUCCUAUUGUUGCACAAGCAAAACUGGCUCGUGUAUGGGCUAAACAUUGUAAAUCUCGACUUCCGAGUAUUUUGCAAGCCUUACAGGAAUUAAUAACUGUGAAAGUAAUAGGUGGAUCUUUCACACGAGAUUAUUGUGUCCAAGAUGCAGACACUAUUACAGCUCCUACGAAAGUUAUGAAGAUUCUGUAUUAUGCAAGUAUGCUAGCUGGUGAAUUAGAUGAACCUGAAUUACAUUUAGAUGAAGAUGGCGAAUCCGCUGGUAUCGAUAAGUCUGGAAGAUCUUCACAAAUUCCUCAGGAUCCAUUAGCGAAAGAACUUGGAAUUACAGCAUUAGAUGCCCGGAAACCAUUUAUACCAUUUAUGGACUUUUAUAAUGAACCUCUUAGUGACGCUAUAGAAAUGGAUAAAGACUUUGCAUACUACAAAAGCGAGGAGCCCAUGAAAUUUAGUUUUAUGAAUUAUGCUUUUAUUCUUACACCUGCUACUAAAACGCUAGGCUUAUAUUAUGAUAAUCGUAUUAGAAUGUACAGUGAACGUCGGAUGAGCUUUUUGCAAACUGUGGUUGGUCAACCUACUAAUCCAUACUUAAGACUAAAGGUAAGAAGAGAUCGUCUUAUAGAUGAUGCGUUAGUAGAAUUGGAAAUGAUUGCGAUGGAAAAUCCAUCAGAUCUUAAAAAACAAUUAGUCGUUGAAUUUGAAGGGGAACAGGGAGUCGAUGAAGGAGGAGUUUCCAAAGAAUUUUUUCAAUUAAUUGUAGAAGAAAUUUUUAAUCCUGAUUAUGGCAUGUUCACAACUCAGGAAGAUACACAAAUGACAUGGUUCAAUCCAACAUCAUUCGAAGUUAACGCACAUUUUACGUUAAUAGGCGUUGUUCUUGGCCUAGCGAUAUACAACAACGUAAUUCUUGAUGUGCGUUUUUCCAUGGUUGUCUAUAGGAAACUGCUUGGUAGGAAAGGUAGUUUCGCCGAUUUAGAAGACUGGAGUCCUACGUUAUAUAGGACAUUGAAAGAAUUGAUGGAAUACACUGGGGAUGAUAUGCCAGAUACAUUCAUGCAAACCUUCAGAGUAGCUUACAAGGAUGUAUUCGGUUUCAUAUCUUUCCACGAUCUCAAAGAGAAUGGUGACGAACUGUUCGUGACACAAGAAAACAAGAAAGAAUUCGUCGAUCUCUAUGCGGACUUCUUACUUAAUAAAUCAGUAGAAAGGCAGUUCAAAGCGUUCAGGCGUGGUUUUCAAAUGGUUACGGAUGAGAGCCCACUGGCGUUACUUUUCAGACCUGAAGAAAUUGAACAACUGGUUUGUGGUAGUAAAGUUUUCGAUUUUGCGGAACUGGAAGCAGCAACAGAGUAUGAAGGUGGUUACACUGUGGACAGUGAAGCAAUACGUAACUUUUGGCGAGUUGCUCAUUCAUUGCCACCGGAAAGUCAACGACGAUUAUUACAGUUUACUACUGGAAGUGACAGAGUACCGGUUGGCGGGUUGUCAAGGCUGAAAAUGGUUAUUGCGAGACACGGUCCAGAUUCUGAUAGAUUACCAAUAGCACACACAUGUUUCAAUGUAUUACUGUUGCCAGACUACAGCACAAUAGAGAAAUUGCAAGAUCGUUUACUGAAAGCGAUCAAUUAUUCAAAAGGUUUCGGCAUGUUGUAAACGUGCACAAAAGAACGGUAUCUCCCCCAGUCUUUCAAGAUUACCGUCAAACUUAAAGCACAGGGUUUAUAAGUCCCCUCUUUGCCCCGCUACUUGGACGUAUUUAUUCAAAAUUCGUGCGAGCGUGUGCAAAUGUUGAGAUGCAACCCCGCUUUUAUAAGACGGUCGAAAGGAAACGAUAUAAGCUCGUUUCGUUCAUACCGAGUAUACCUCGCAAACGAUCGUUGUCCUCCAGAACGUGUUUACCCCGCACGGCAGCGGCGACAGGAAUUGCUGUACAAAAGAGAACGAAAUACAAAUUUUUCCAAUCACGAUUACACAUACUUCGAAAUUUCCUCGCAUUAGUGUUGUAUGCAAGCGGCCGAAGCGGACCUAAUGCACCAUCUUAAUAGGUCUGGCUGCGGUGCCUUCUCGGCAUAACCCGUGCUUUCGCUGCUCUUAAAGUUACACGAACAUUACAGUGGAGAAUGUCGGUUCCGUUCCAUUUUCAUAUCGGUUUCAGAGCUGCUGUGACUCUUCUACUUGAUGUUAUCUUUGGAACAAAAAAAGAAAUGAAAGAAACCAACAAUAAUGCAGUGCACACAGCUUAAUUAAAUAGUGAGAUGCGCGACUGUGAUGAGUGAAAGUGUAUCGAGACCGACCUGGUCGAAAUUUGUAGAAAUAUAUAUUUGUAGAUUUAGUGAAUCUUAGCUGAUACGAUGCUACGAAUCAAGCCGAGAAAUACCCCCUUGUACGACGCUCGGCGUUGUAACGCAUGUACAAAAGAUUGACUUUGUAAUGGCGACGAAGAAACGCAAUCAAUCCUUCUCUUAUCUCGAUGAAACCUUUCAUUUCUCUAGUUUUAUGUUUGUACGUCACCUCUGUUUCCUAAUCCCUCUUGGCAUCACACGCAUGUAGCUUGAUGAACAAGAGAAUCAUGAAUUUAUAUAAAGCGUUUAUAAUCGGCGGCUUUCUUCAGAAACUGCUCUAUGUUUUCGCAUGUCUGAUUGUUAGUCACGUGACAAUAAAAUUCUACUGAAUAAUAGUCAUGCGCUAUUUAUUUUCGUCGCGGUAGCUAAAUGGAACUCGAAACCAUUUUCCGAACUGUAAACUCGAUUGAUCACGUUUCCUGCUUACGCUAUAGCUUGCGCGUAUUCGAACAGCUAGAGUGUGGAGAAUGUAUGUUUUUGAACAGCAUAGGUAGGGGGGUAAUUAUUCAGUGACCAUUGGAGGUCUUAACAGAUUUACAAACCAUACUAAAUACUAAAUUCACACGAUAUAACACACAAUGUACACUUCGUUGUCAAGUGAUACAAUAAUGACAGAUAAUUUCACACUUUCAUCUUGAAUUGUGAACAUUGACUUUUUGGUUACACAGAAAUGAAAAUUAGCUGAUCUUUCUCGUCGUUGUUACGACAAGAAAAAUUGUAAUCGGUGUUAAAUCGUGUGUCGUCUGGAAAUUAGCAAUUAUGCGUACCGAGGGAGGUCCAAGUGCGAUCCAUGUAUCCUGUUCGUUGAACAUGAAAAAUAUGCAAAGACAGAACAGUUUCGCUUUUGUACCAAAGUCUGAUUACAGCGAGAGGUGGCACCUGGAAAAUAAAUGUCUUUUUCAUAACCAGC